AACAAACCCGGCUCUGUGGCUGCCGGAAGUGGAGCGCCCACUGCAGUGCGGCCCCGGCAGCUGCCUCGGCCGCUGCCGUCUGGAGGUUCCAGGCGAUCUUCUGAGAUGGCGAGCACAGCUGCACCUACAGCCGCAGUCCCCACCCUAGAUCCGCCUUUGGAGCAGAUCCGGCGCUUGGCAGUGGAGCUGCGGUUGCUCCUGCCUGGCGUGCGGGUCGGCGAAGCCCGGGAGACCACCAAGGAGUUUAAUGCUGAGACGUUUUGGAGGAGACUCCACGGGGCAGCAGAGAACGUGUCGAGGGAAGCCACGACCCUGACUGAAGUCUUCUCCCGAGUUCCACUGCCCUCUCCGCAGGAAACCCAGAGGUUCUGUGAACAAAUCCAUACUGCCAUCAAGGAAAUCAUUACAGUAUACUAUUCACUUCCCAAGGAUCAAGGAAUCACCCUGAGAAAGCUGGUACGGAAUGCCACUCUGGACAUCAUAGAUGGAAUGGCUCAACUUGUGGAUGUGCUUUUCAUAACUCCAGCUCAGAGCCUAGAGAACAGUGACCUUAUUUCCUACAACAGUGUCUGGGCUGCAUGCCAGCAGGUACCUCGAAUACCAAAAGAUAACAAAGCUGCAGCCCUUUCAAUGCUGACGAAGAAUGUGGAUUUUGUGAAGGAUGCACAUGAGGAAAUGGAGCAGGCUGUAGAAGAAUGUGACCCAUACUGUGGCCUCUUGAAUGACACUGAGGACAACUCUGACAACAAUGGUGAUGAAGAGAAUGAUGGGUUGGGGUAUCCAAACAAUCGAGACUUAUAUUGGUCAGAGGAAGAUCAAGAGCUCAUAAUCCCAUGCCUUGCACUGGUGAGAGCAUCCAAAGCCUGCCUGAAGAAAAUCCGGAUCUCAGUGGCAGAGAAUGGUAAGAAGGAUCAGGUGGCCCAGCUGGACGACAUUGUGGAUAUUUCUGAUGAGAUCAGCCCUAGUGUGGAUGAUUUGGCUCUGAGCAUAUAUCCACCUAUGUGCCACUUGACUGUGCGAAUCAAUUCUGCGAAACUUGUAUCUGUCUUAAAGAAGGCACUUGAAAUUACUAAAGCGAGUCAUGUGACCCCACAGCCAGAAGAUAGUUGGAUCCCUUUACUCAUUAAUGCUGUCGACCAUUGCAUGAACAGAAUCAAGGAACUUACUCAGAAUGAACUUGAAUUGUGAGUUUUUAGGCUCAUUUGUAUUCUUUUCUCUCCUUCCCUUACUAUCACAGGCAGCCUCUGAAGUCUGCUUUUAAAACAGAGCUAGAAUGCUCUCUAGAUCAAAAAGGAGUUCCUGUCUAUACUUGUUCAGAGACAUUAUUACCAAAGAUUAUUGGUUAGGCCAGACUGGCAAUUAUUUUUAAACUGUAUGAGUAUGAUAUAUUUUUCUGUGCUAGAUAAAAAAGGCAAUUGCAUGAGUUUGUGUUCCUGAAUGGUAUUUCAGAGAUUCCUGCAGAAGCUGCCUUAUUCCCUAUUUGCAAUAAAGUGUGUUGUUUGAUGUUAAA